AUACUCUCUCUCGCUCUCUCUCUCUCCCUCGCUCUCUCUCUCUCUCUCUCUAACACCCACUCCCUCUGACGCCUUCUUCUUCUCAAUGGAGGCCAUGAGAAGAAAGCAGCCGGCUGGUCUAGCCAAGAGCAGCGUGGACAAAGGUGCGUCUGCAAAGAAAGAGGGACUCGAUCCAGCAAGUAACGGAGAGGAAAAGUCAGACGGAGACAAAGAGGUAGCAGCCAGACUGGCCUCCUCCCCUGCAGCAGAGGCAAUGCUCAACGGCAUCGAAUGUGACGACACGAGGCACAAGAGCCCGACACACGGCUCCGCGACAGGCAGCAGCAAGACUUUACUGUUGAUAAAUGAAAAUGGGAUGAUGGACCUGGAGCCACCGCACGCUUCUGUUACUGGAAGCAAUGGAUUCAUUCUCACUAAGCAGCAGCAGCAGGACGGCAGCUCUGCAGCGAUGCCAGGUUUGGGAGCUUCCCCUCACAGGACUAGCUGGUUGUCCUCGGGCACAUCAGCAGGGGGACACGCGGCCAAACCUGCCUCGGCAUCAGGGAGUGCACAGACUUCGAGUGCAUUACGGACUGACCCCAGUACAGGGACUACGUCGGGACAGGGUAUAUCGGACACUAAAAAUGGCACAGCGCCAUCUCCUGCACCCGUCACAAUACACAGAGCACGCAAGACCAUGUCCAGGCCUGCUGUCAGCCCGGCACAAAAGCUUCUGAACAGGGAAUUAAGAGAAGCGAAAAGUGCCACAGUCGAGAAAAUGGAGACUAACGUUGCACCUGAUGUGCAGAAACCCUCGCAGCAGCCCUCUCAGAACCAUCUACCUCAGAGUCCACCAGAAACGCCAGCUUCUGCACAAACCACGUCAUCCUCCUCACCAGCACCUCCACCAACUCCAGCUGCUCCGGCCCCCGCCAAGCUCCAACUAGGCUCGUUCUCAGGAGGGCUGUCAUCCCGCAAGAAAAAGAGGAGGAUGGGAACGUACAGCCUGGUUCCCAAGAAGAAAACCAAAGUGCUUAAGCAGAGAACCGUGCUAGAAAUGUUUAAGGACCUACAACAAUCGGCGAAGAUCCCACAGACUAAAGAGGCAGUUAUCAUAAAUGGGGAGAAGGUAGAAAACGCGUCUGAGGAGGAAGAGUCGGAGGAGGUGGAGUCUGAGGAAGAGGAGGGACCGCAGAUGUCAGGAGGACCCGUCAGUGUUCAGGAAACAUCUGAACCCAUCUCCCAGGUUGGAGAUGAGCAGGAGUCUGAAGAGUCUGGAGAAGAAGAGGGAGAGGAGGAGGGCACAGAGUCCGACAUGAGCACCGAGUCGGGUCUGAAGAAGAAGUUGAAAAAGAAAACGAAAGGAGACAGCGCGUGGCUCCGGCCGUCCAGGAAACGGAAGAGGAGAUUAAAGGCCAAAGAACUGGAGCUGGUGGUUCAUCCUCAGGCUUCAGCUCCGGCCCUGGCAGGUGAAGGAAAGGAAUACACGCAGAUCGUCCCUCCAGAUUCCCUCAGCGUCAGCAAACCCCAGGAGCUGGUGGCUCCGGCACAGAAUAAAGGGUCGGCGGUCGAGGAGUCUCAGGAGCUUCCGCUCUGCAGCUGCCGCAUGGAGACGCCCAAGAGUCGAGAGAUCCUCAUCCUGGCCGAUAGGAAGUGCAUGGCCACAGAGAGCGUGGACGGACAGCUGAGCCGGUGCCAAAGUGCCGUACUGAAACACGAGAUGAUGCGUCCGUCCAAUUCUGUUCAGCUGCUGGUUCUGUGCGAAGACCACCGCAACGGCAUGGUGAAGCACCAGUGCUGCCCGGGCUGCGGCUUCUUCUGCAGAGCUGGGACAUUCAUGGAGUGCCAACCAGACGUCAGCAUCUCUCACCGGUUCCAUCGCGCUUGUGCCUCGGUGCUGAAAGGUCAGAGCUUCUGCCCUCACUGUGGAGAGGAGGCCAGCAAGGCCAAGGAGGUCACCAUCGCCAAGGCGGACACCACCUCCACCGUGCCCACCGCGCUCGCACACGGACCUGCCACACCCGGGGCCACCGAGGGGCGAGCAGACACCACCACUGGCAGCUCCACUCGUGUCUCGGUCGGGGCGGAGGCCGGCGGCCGGGCCGACAGCUCCUUUUCUGUUCGUUCGGCACACCCCCUCGACACCUCCGCCGUUCCUGGGUCGUCCAGGACUGCGACGCUUCAGGCCAGUGUGGGAACAACCGCUUCGCCGACAGUUCCUCAAGGACCACCGCGAGAAACUCUGGAGAGCAUCCUGGUCGCUCUCGACACUGAGAAGCCCAAGAAGUUGCGUUUUCACCCAAAGCAACUUUACCUCUCGGCCAAACAGGGAGAACUCAAGAGGGUGUUGCUCAUGUUGGUGGACGGCAUUGACCCCAACUUUAAGAUGGAUACUCAGAACAAACGCACUCCGCUUCAUGCCGCAGCUGAGGGCGGACACAAAGACAUCUGCCACAUGCUCGUACAGGCCGGUGCAAACCUGGACAUGUGUGACGACGAUCAGCGGACGCCACUGAUGGAGGCCUGUGAGAACAACCACAUGGAGACGGUGCUGUACCUGCUGAGAGCUGGAGCCAGCGCCAUGCACAAGGAUGUUGAGGGCUUCACGUGUCUCCACCUAGCGGCCAAGUCCGGUCAUUACAACAUUGUUGAGCACCUUCUCUCCACAGGACUGAUCAACAUAAACUGUCAGGAUGACGGAGGUUGGACGGCCAUGAUCUGGGCGACUGAGUACAAACAUGCUGACCAGGUGAAGCUGCUUCUGUCCAAAGGAGCCGACAUCAGCGUCAGGGACAAGGAGGAAAACAUCUGCCUUCACUGGGCAGCGUUCUCCGGCAGUGUGGAGAUCGCGGAGCUGCUGCUGAACGCCCACUGCGAUCUGCAGGCUGUCAACAUCCACGGAGACUCUCCGCUACACAUCGCUGCUCGGGAGAAUCGCCUGGAAUGUGUCACGGUUUUCCUGUCUCGAGGAGCAGAUGUUUUUCUGAAGAACCGCGAAGGAGAAACUCCUCCGGACUGCUGCAGCCACAACUCGAAGGCCUGGGCGGCUCUGCAGGCCAACAGGAAGGAGAGGGACGCCAAGAACAGCAGACUGGGUCGAGCAGAGGAGAAAAUCCUUCACAGUGACAUCGCUCUGGGGCAGGAGGGAGUUCCUAUUCCUUGUGUCAACUCUGUGGACAGUGAAACGUACCCAGACAACUACAAAUACAUCUCUGAAAACUGUGUCACAUCCCCCAUGAACAUCGACAGGAACAUAACGCACCUACAGUACUGUGUUUGUAAGGAGGAUUGUUCGGCAAGUAUCUGCAUGUGUGGACAGCUCAGCCUGCGCUGCUGGUACGACAAGAGUGGUUGUCUUCUCCCUGAAUUCUGCCGUGAGGAGCCUCCGCUCAUCUUUGAGUGCAACCACGCAUGUUCCUGCUGGAGAACCUGCAAAAACCGCGUCGUGCAAAAUGGACUCAGGAGCAGACUUCAGCUCUUCAGGACCAGUAAGAAGGGCUGGGGCGUCCGCGCCCUGCAGGACAUACCACAGGGGACCUUCGUAUGCGAGUACGUCGGUGAGAUCAUCUCCGAAGCGGAAGCCGAGAUGAGGCAGAACGACGCCUACCUGUUCAGUCUGGACGAUAAGCCACAGGACAUGUACUGCAUCGACGCCCGUUUCUAUGGAAACAUCAGCCGCUUCCUCAACCACAUGUGCGAGCCCAACUUGUUCGCCUGUCGAGUGUUCACGACGCACCAGGACCUUCGAUUCCCACACAUUGCCUUCUUCGCCAGUGAAAACAUCAAAGCUGGAGAGGAGCUGGGAUUUAACUACGGUGACCACUUCUGGGAAGUCAAGAGCAAACUGUUCAACUGCGAAUGCGGCUCCUCCAAGUGCAAGUACUCGUCGGCGGCCAUGGCGUCGCUGCAGGCCGACAGCACACCGGAGGAGCAGCAGCAGCCGAGCGCGUCGCCCGACACCAGCUCCUCCAACAGCCCGCCCAGUCCUUCGUAGACGCCUCCGCACACUAAGCCUCGCUGCACGUGCAGGACAGAGGGCGCCACCUGCGUCCAUCCACCAAGAACUUUGAACUUUUAUCUAUGAACUUGUACUGUAUCUCCACUUCUGAUUAAAUGACCAUGGACCACAGACGACACUCACACUGAGAAGCAGAUGCACAGACUCCUGGAACCAGUCGCUGCUCCUUUAUUCCACCUGGUGUAACAGCAGGGGGCAGUGACGUCACGCACAGCAAACUUCACAGGGACGAUUCAAAAAACAGUCCUGACAUUUCAUCCUUUCCAGGAAGGAGACCUGUGCGUUUGGUCUUGAUUAAGAUAAUUGACAUCGUUGAAUGGCUUUUUCGUAGAAUCAUGAUAAAGGAUUUCGGGGUUCGGGAUGAGCGUAUCGUUGUCUUUUGCGAAGACAACCUCGGCGUACAGCCGAGUUUAACUUGUUUGACCGAUGUGGUCGUUUAUCAUGAACCAUUCCAGCAGAAUCAGCAGAUAACUAAUGAAUUUUGUUGCCACCUUUUCCGUGUCACUUCAUCUUCGUUGCCGUGUUUGAAUGGAUGUCCAACAUUUGCUACCACACUUGGUUCCAAAUUGAAAGUUGAUUCAAACGAUGUAAAAAAAAAGUGAACCAUUUUUUUAUUUGCUACUCAAGUGAGUAUAGAUGAUAGAACGAUGUUGUACCAUUCCUCAAGAACGAGGCGUUUCUAGUCUGAAUAAAUUGGCUGAUCUUUUUUUAUUACGCAUGGGGAUCUUAAUGUGUCAGAUAUUUUGCCACGGUUUUGGAGGAAUUUAUUAAACUGAAGUGGAGUUAAAAGAAAUAACAUGGUGCUGACAAAGGUUUUUACUUUUGUUUUCAUUUGUAUUACCCAAGUGAACAUAGUUUGUAAAAUAAGAGAACAUUUUAAGUUUUUUUAUGUUUAAUUUUAUCUCCAGUUUUCUAAUCGUAGUUACUGUAGUUAGCCUGUUUUUAAUUUCCUUUCGCCAUUUUGCCAACAGAAGCCAACCCGUCUUUUUAAAUGUUGUUAGUAAAGCAGUGACUGUUGUGCAAAGUUUUGAAAGAUAUAAAUGGGUAAAAAAAGGUUAUAAAAAUGCACUUCCAGUACGUUCUGUUACAUAUUUCUGGACCGUGAACCAUUCAUCUAAUUGGUUGUAUCUUUUUCAAUAAAUUUACUACUAAUGCAUUUA